AUGCCUUAUGCUAUCCAGGCCUACAUCAAGCUAAAACGAUAUAAGGAGGCAAUUUGUGACUGUGAAUGGGCCUUGAAGUGUAAUGAAAGAUGCAUAAAGGCGUAUGUGCAUAUGGGAAAAGCAUACCUGGGUUUGAAGAAAUAUAAUAAGGCUAAAAGCUGCUUUGAAAAGAUACAGGAAAUUGAACCAGGGAGGGGAAAGAUGGUUAAAGAAUACAUGGAGUUGGUAGAUUUAGAAGAGAAAAAGGAUUGCCAGGAGAGGAAAGCAAUGGAAGAACUUGUCAAAGGAGAGGGAAAGUUCACAGCGGUGCCCCAACUGCUGGAGAGGCUGUCUAGGGUUGGCCGGACUCCCCUCUAUUACUGUGCAGGAUUGGAGAGCCUGUCACGGGCAGUUACUGACUGUACAGGACAGACUCUCUUCAGACUGAACAAUAGCUUUAGUAUCAUUGGCAGCAAUGGCGUGCUGACAAGAGGCUUGUUGCAGAAAACAGAUGAUCUUCUCAGCAAAGAGCUGUGCCUUUCUGUAUUAAACAUUUGGAGGAUUGUUUGCUUUAAAAAUGAUGAAAAUCAGAAGAUCCUGAUGAAAUGUCCAGUUGCCAGACGGGCUCUUGUGCAGCUGUUAACAUCGGACCAUGUUGAAGUUGUGAAAGAAUGUCUGAAAUUAUUGCGACUAUACUCAGAGACAUCACAUGGCAGACGUUUGGUUAUUGACAACCUCAAUCUGCACCUGUUGGCUGAAAACCUCAUGUGGUGCAUCUCGGAAUCAAAGGAGCAGCAAGAGAUCACAGCAGUCUGUAUUCUAGAAACCUUUGCUGCAGAAAAUAGGUUUCGGUUAAAGCUAAGAAAUUUGUCAAACAACUCCUUUUUUGUGGCAUUUAAGAUUAUUUUGGGAGAUAUCAGCAGAUUUAAUCAAAAUGUCCUUACAUUGCUCAUAUCCGCUGUUGGCUCUCUGGCUGCAGAUGAAGUCAUUCGUCAAAAGCUUGCUCAGGAGGAAGAAUGCUGGGAAGCUUUUCUCACUGCCACCAAGCAGUGUGUGACAUCUGAGAACAAAAGCAUCCUGUAUCAUUUGCUUGGCUUGAUUAUCAACCUUUCAUCAAUUACUUCUUCAGCCAUGCAGGAGCAUGCUGUUUCUUUCUGUGAUUGCUGUGUGGACCUGCUGAAAAAUGCUGAUGGAGACAUCGUCACUGGAGAAAGUCAGACUGCAACCAAGUUUGCCAUUAAGACAUUGACAGUUUGCACUGCAGUCAGUGACAUGGCAAGACAAGAGCUGGUGAAAUCUGAUAAAAAAUUGUCCAUGUUACGUCAGUUUCUGAGUUCUAGCUGUGACGAGGUGAUUUCAGGAAAUGCAGCUUUGUGCCUGGCCCAUUGCUUUGAACUGGAAGGUGUUGCCACCCACCUGCUGGGCACUGAUAUUGUACUUCUUCUACUAAGACUCGCAGCGGGGGAUGCUAAGAAGACAGCUGUGCAACAAAAUGCAGCUAUUGCUCUCAGCAAACUAUGUCAGUCUGAGCCCAGACAUAUUCACAAACUUCGGGAGCUUCAUGGCCUUGAGAUCCUUCACUCCUGUGCAAAACUCCUAUGAUAAAGCAGUAACAGUUAAAUUCUGUCCAAGUCCAGAGAUUGGCAUUGACAUUUCAUCAUUUGUUUGCCUUAAAUUGUUUCUUUUCAUUAUGGAAAAUAUUUACUUUCUCUUUUAUCUCUAAACCUACCAACACUUGAAUUCUAAUGAACCAAAUUUUGAAAGUAUUUUAGCUAGAAAGAUGUUCAUGUUUAGCCAUAUUGGUCUUCAAAAGGAUAAAAAAUUUAUUUGACUGAGAAUAUCCUCAUGAGUCUAAGUAUUCCCUCUAUAACAAGGUCACCUCCUUAAGUGAUAUUCUUUACUGUUACUGUUUGCAUAUGCAGUGCAUUUUUAGUAUGCAUUUCUUUGUUUGUUUUCUUCAAAAUGGAAUGGUCUAUUAAAAGUUGUAUUCAUUC